ACAGGCAGGCGUCUAGAUAUAUUCAUACGCCCAUGACUCAAGUACCGGUGUUCUGAAAUAAGUCGAAAUACGUCACGUUCAAGUGUUCAAGUGCAACAGAUUGUUUAACUUUUGACACAUUUUAAUUCCAAGUAAAAUGCCGGUAGAUCAAAUUCAAUAUUCUGAAAAGUACAAUGAUGACACACAUGAAUACAGGCAUGUAAUACUGCCUGUUGAUCUAGCCAGGCAUGUUCCAAAGACUCAUCUCAUGACAGAAACUGAAUGGAGAAAUUUGGGAGUUCAGCAAAGUCCUGGAUGGGUUCAUUAUAUGAUGCACGGACCAGAGCCACACAUUUUAUUAUUUCGCCGAUUAAAACCUAAUGUUACGACAGCACCUAGAUAUACCGCUUUACAAGGGGAGUCUGUUGCAUGUUACAAUUGAAUCUGAAUGUGAUAACCUAGUGUGAGAUCAUAUCAAUGCAAAUGAGAUGUACGUUGAUGUAAGAUUGUAUUUUCUGCUACAUUUAUGUCUAAGUAUUUAUUAAUAGCAAAAGAAAUUAUUACAGCAGCAUAAAAA